AUGAACUUGGUUCGGUCACAGCUGGCGGUUGUGAACGACCGACAGCAGUACCUCAAUGAUACCUUUAAGGUUUUGAGCGCCCACGGUAUUCAGAUGGCUUCUGGUCAAGAUCCCAACGCGGCAAUUGGCAUGCUACGGUUACAAGUACAGACUGAAAUGCAGAAGCAGGUGGAUGAGGUUAGGGUGGAAAAUGGGACUCUGCGUGGUUUAUUGGAUGAAAAGAAAACUGAGCUGGAGGAGAAGGUGGUAGAGCUACAGGGGCUCCGGGAUAAGGUUAACCGCAGAUUGGCACGCUUUGAGGUGGAGAGUGAAUCAUUGAAGGCCGAGGUCCAGUCGGUGUUGCAGACAAGCCAACUCGAUGUGGACCGAAUGAAGCGGGAUCUUGGUCAUCGUCUCGACGUGGCCACGGCAACACUUCGCAUCCCCCAAGUAUGA